GGGGCCAGGCCGGGCCGGGGCCGGGGCCGGUGGCGGCGGCGGCGCGGGCCCCGUCAUGGCCCAUUUCGAGACGCAGUAUCAGCGCCUGGAGAGCUCCUCUACCGAGUCACCUCCCGGUGGCGGCGACCUGCUUGUCCAUGUCCCCGAGGGCGCCAAGUCUCCGUGGCAUCACAUUGAGAACCUGGACCUCUUCUUCUCUCGCGUCUAUAACCUGCAUCAGAAAAAUGGCUUCACCUGCAUGCUCAUUGGGGAGAUCUUUGAGCUCAUGCAGUUCAUCUUUGUGGUGGCAUUCACCACCUUUCUUAUCAGCUGCGUUGAUUAUGACAUCCUCUUUGCCAACAAAGCAGUAAAUCAUAGCCAGCAUCCCAGUGAGCCCAUCAAGGUGACUCUGCCAGAUGCCUUCUUGCCUCCAAAUGUCUGCAGCGCAAGAAUCCAGGCAAACAGCUUCCUCAUCUGCAUCCUGGUGAUAGCUGGGGUUUUCUGGAUCCACAGGCUUGUCAAAUUCAUCUACAACAUUUGCUGCUACUGGGAGAUUCACUCUUUCUACAUCAAUGCCCUCAAAAUCCCUAUGUCCACCCUGCCAUACUACACCUGGCAGGAGGUGCAGGCCCGCAUCGUGCAGAUCCAGAAGGAGCACCAGAUCUGCAUCCACAAGAAGGAGCUGACAGAGCUUGACAUCUACCACCGCAUUCUCCGCUUCAAGAACUACAUGGUGGCCAUGGUGAACAAGUCACUGCUGCCCAUCCGCUUCCGCCUGCCCCUGCUGGGGGACACUGUCUUCUACACCCGUGGGCUCAAGUACAACUUCGAGCUUAUCUUCUUCUGGGGGCCUGGCUCCCUCUUUGAAAACGAGUGGAGCCUGAAGGCUGAGUACAAACGGGCCGGGAACCGCCUAGAGCUGGCUGAGAAGCUCAGCACUCGCAUCCUCUGGAUUGGCAUUGCUAACUUCCUCCUCUGCCCCCUCAUCCUCAUCUGGCAGAUCCUCUAUGCCUUCUUCAGCUACACAGAGAUCCUGAAACGAGAGCCAGGCAGCUUGGGUGCCCGCUGCUGGUCUCUCUACGGACGCUGUUACCUCCGUCACUUCAACGAGCUGGACCACGAACUGCACUCACGCCUCAGCAAGGGGUACAAGCCAGCAUCCAAGUACAUGAACUGCUUUAUCUCCCCACUCCUCACCAUUGUGGCCAAGAAUGUGGCCUUCUUUGCUGGCUCCAUCCUGGCUGUGCUCAUCGCUCUCACCAUCUAUGAUGAGGACGUGCUGGCUGUCGAGCAUGUCCUGACCACAGUCACCCUGCUCGGGGUGGGCAUCACCGUGUGCAGGUCUUUCAUCCCUGACCAGCACCUGGUGUUUUGCCCAGAGCAGCUGCUGCGAGUCAUCCUAGCACAUAUCCACUACAUGCCUGACCACUGGCAGGGCAAUGCCCACCGCUAUGAAACCAGGGACGAGUUUGCCCAACUCUUCCAGUACAAAGCGGUCUUCAUCCUAGAGGAGCUCCUGAGUCCCAUCAUUACCCCUCUGAUCCUCAUUGUCUUCCUGCGGCCCAAGUCCUUGGAUAUUGUCGACUUCUUCCGCAACUUCACGGUGGAGGUGGUGGGAGUGGGCGACACCUGCUCCUUUGCCCAGAUGGAUGUGCGCCAGCACGGCCACCCAGCGUGGAUGUCAGCUGGAAAGACCGAGGCCUCCAUUUACCAGCAGGCUGAAGACGGCAAGACAGAGCUGUCCCUCAUGCACUUUGCCAUCACCAACCCCAAGUGGCAGCCACCCCGUGAGAGCACAGCCUUCAUCGGCUUCCUGAAGGAGCGGGUGCACCGGGACAGCAGCAUCGCCCUGGCUCAGCAGGCUGUGCUUCCCGAAAACGCCCUCUUCAGCUCCAUCCAGUCCCUGCAGUCGGAGUCGGAGCCUCACAGCCUAAUUGCCAACGUGAUCGUGGGCUCCUCGGCGCUGGGCUUCCACGUGGGCCGGGACGGGCAGGCCUCCCGCCACCUCUCUGAAGUGGCCUCGGCCUUGCGUUCCUUCUCCCCACUUCAGUCUGCCCAGCAGCCUCCCAGUGGCUUCCAGACAUCAGGAAGGGAUGGAGAGGCAGCCCAACCUCGGGGUGCCAGUGCCAUGACAGCCUCUGGUGCUGACGCGAGGACUGUGAGCUCAGGGAGCAGCGCCUGGGAGGGUCAGCUGCAGAGCAUGAUCCUGUCGGAGUAUGCCUCCACUGAGAUGAGUCUCCAUGCACUCUACAUGCACGAGUUGCACAAGCAGCAUGCCCAGCUGGAGCCCGAGCGGCACACCUGGCACCGGCGAGAGAGCGACGAGAGCGGGGAGAGCACCCACGAGGAGCUGGAUGCUCCACGGGGAGCCUCCGUCCCCAUCCCCCGCUCUGCCAGCUACCCCUUCUCCUCGCCGCGGCAGCCUGCCGAGGAGACAGCCACCCUGCAGACCGGCUUCCAGCGGCGAUACGGUGGCAUCACAGACCCGGGCACAGUACACAGAGCCCCAUCACACUUCUCCCGCCUCCCUCUGGGUGGCUGGGCUGAGGAUGGGCAGUCAGCAAGACACCCAGAGCCCGUGCCAGAGGAGAGCUCAGAGGAUGAGCUUCCACCACAGGUCCACAAGGUAUAGCCUUGUAGACUGGGGAUCUCAUGGGGGUUGCACACUGGGAGCCACCUGGGCAGCAGGAUGUGGCAUCAGCCUGAUUAUUCUCCAGUCCUAAGCAGACAGGAUAGUCCCAGGCUCCAUUUUGUUGCCAUCGGUUGCCGAAGAGACAAAACUGCCAGGCUGGCAGCUUUGUGGUGGCACCUUCUGUCCAGCUGUGUGUCAAGUCAAUGCCACUCUGACUCUGUGGGGUGAAUGCGUGUGUGAGUACAUACAUGUGUCUGUGUUCACAUCUGUGUCGUCCGUGUUGGAGGAUCGCUGCAGAGCCUGCAGAAGCUGAUGUGACCAGGACUCAGCAGUGGGGAGCUGUGGACUGGCUCGGAAGUGGUGGCAGCAGCUGUUGUUUGGAGGGAUGUGAGAUGGCAUCAGCUCCAGAUGUCUGCCCAGCGCUGGGACCUGCCUCCAAACUGAAGGCAGGACCUGUUGAGGGAAGUCCAUCUCAGCCUGUAGCAGUGCACCUGCCCUGCCUGCAGCCCUGAGGAGGUGCCCAGGACCAUGUUUGCCCUCCUGGAGAGGACCAGUGUGCCUCUCAGCCCAGAGCAGGACAACAGUGGGGUGCUCACUUGCCCUGCAGCCCAGGCCCCUCAGAAGGACCCCACAGAAGGAUCUAGAGCCGGUGGGAAGAGCUCUGGCUGGGAUCUGGGGAUGCUGUGCUGCUCUUCCCCAACUCUCAUGACAGCUGCGCCCAUCCCCUACACACAUACGAGGGAGGGUCAGUGGGGUGAGAGUGCUGGGUCCCUGAUGUCCUUCCCAGCUGGCAGGCUCUGUGCUGUACCUCUGGGGUAGGGCAGUAUUCUCCUGGCUGGUGGGGUCUGGGAUGUGAGCAGGUCCUCCUGCAGUGCCAAAGAGACUCGGAGCAGAGCAGCCCACCAGGAGCGCUCACAGGCUCGUUGCAGCACAGCCUGAAGAUCAUGUUCUCUGUAUCAGUUCCCUUCCCACUGGCAUGUUAGAGGCUUUUUUUUCCCCAUGCCCAGACUUUGGCCCAUUGGAUCUGUCCUCCUGAUGCAGCCAUUUCUGUGGUGUCAGGCCUCUUCCCCAGGCAAAGGCUUUGGUGUGUCUCUCGCAUCUCACCCAGGGACUCCCAGCUCCUCCUUCCAUCCUGAGACCUCGCUUGCAACAUUGCUUUGGCUGCUGUGGAGACCUUGUGCUAAGCAGCUGGCAUGGGCCAAACAGGGCAAGGAGGGCUGCCAAGAGAGAGGCAAAGCCCAGUUCAGGCAUGAUUACUUGUGUGUGGGAUCAAGAUACCAGCUGUGUAGCACAGCCUCAGACACAACCUUCCCACCAUUGUUCUGGUUUCAUUCUCUUUCAGUGGCAGCUCUUGAAGAUUUGCAUCCCAGACAACUCCUGCCAGGCUUUGCUUUCCACUCUCGCCCUUGACCAGGGCUGCUCGCUUUUGCCAUGCUCUCUGUGAGCACUGCAGACACUCCAUUGCUGUCCCUGCAGCCCAAGGCUGCCUCUCUUCCUCUGCCAGGAUUUUUGCCCUGUGCACUUUGAGCCUGGGCUGGGUGUGUUUGGCUAAGCUGCAGGCUCGCAGGGGUGCAGGAACCCCAGCCAAAACCAGGACAGCAGGGCGUGAGCAGAGGUGAGGUGCUCAGGUCGGGGCAGGAUCUUUGGGUUCCCUUUUGUGAUAGGGAGGGAUGGAUGAACCAAAGCUGCAGCUGCUCUGGAGUCUGAUAGAGACCAAGUGGAGUAUGCUGAAGCAAUGAUUGCUCUUUGCUGCUGGGGCCAGCACUGAGCCAGGCAAGGGGGUCCAUGGAUCUGGUGGGGUCCUCCCACAGAGGAGCAGCUGCAACGGGCUUGCUCCAGCUCCGGCUUCAGGUGACAAGAAACUGAAAGCAAACCUGUGAGCUCCAAGCUUUCCAGAGGCUUUGCCAGGCACCCUGGCUGCUGCUGUGGGUGGAGGUGAACCUCCCGUGGCUGCCGAGUGCUGCACCCGGGCCUCCCAGAUGGGUUUGUGCCGGUAUUUAAGCUGAGAGCUGGCUGGCUGAGGGCCUUUUCCUGGGCUGGCAGGAGGAGGAGGCUUGGCAGGAGCAGGCCGGAGCCCUUGCCGCAUGUUGUGCUUGUGUUGUCGGUGUCCCACGUGCAUGGCGAGCCGCUGCUCUGCAUCUCCUCGUCGGCGUGCGGGUGCAGGAGUCCCUGGGAAGCGCGGUACCGGCCCCACCGUGCCCUCGCUGUACAGCUGUCUAAUAAAGAUGGGCCGUGUCA